GUAACGAGUUUUAGAAAGGAGAGACAUGCUAAAGAACUUAAAAGGCAACAAGAUGUUUUGCAACGACGAAUGGCUUUGAUGGAACGCGACAACGCUCGUAAAAAGGAAAUUCUGGAGAAGAAUCAUGCUGCUGCGUCACGCCUUGUCAACACCCCAUCACGGAAAAAGUACGCCUUUGGCUCAUCGACACCUCGUGAGCUGUCGUUCGUUGAGUGUAAACAACCGAAAAACCAAGAAAAACACCUAUUGCGUGAAAAACAGGUGAAUUUCGUUGAUAUCCUAGACAGUACGAAAUUCUUACUACUAUCCAAUAGUAUGAUUCAUGGACAACAUAGUCGUUCAGCGAAUUCAGAAUUGUCUACUUCAAUGUAUGUACCUUCCGAUAGUAGUCGCCAAAGCAAUUCGAAGCUUCGACUCCCGCAAUCGAAAGUAAUCUUUUUUUUUCAUAUUUAG